AUGUUCUUCUCCAGCGCACACACAGAAUCCGACGAGGACGUUCUCCUUCAAUUCAUCAAGGAGAAUCCCCUUGGUAUGCUCAUCACGGCUAUUGACUCCUCCACCCACGACUUUCUCCAAUGCACCCACGUUCCAUUCGUUCUUGACCUCCCCAACGCCGAAGAGAAUCAACCCAACCCCCAACUACGCGCCCACAUCGCAAAGCAAAACCCCCAAGCCAAAGCCCUACUUGAGCUUGCCGACAGCGCGCCACCGAAUAUCCUCCCUCUCGAACGUGACGUCCUGGUGGUAUUCAACGGCCGCCAUGACCACUACGUGACGCCUAAAUUUUACACCGAGACGAAGCCCAACACCGCCAAAGUCGUACCCACCUGGAACUACUCCGCCGUGCAGACCUACGGAAAGCUCUCGCUCUUCUACGAUUCCAGGACCCCGGAGGCGGGUGCCUUCCUGGCGAAGCAAAUGCAUGAUCUGUCGGAACAAUGCGAACGACGGAUCAUGGGGUUCACCGGAGGGGAUCGACCGCAGCCGUGGAAGGUUGGAGAUGCUCCCGAACGGUAUAUUGAGUUGAUGCAGCGGAAUGUUGUAGGCAUUCGGAUUGAAGUCACGAAGAUCGAAGGCAAGUUCAAGAUGAGUCAGGAGAUGGGGCGCGGUGACCGGAACGGUGUGGCCAGGGGGUUUGCAAACAUGGGAGGGGAAACGGGGCAGGCGAUCUCGGCUUUAGUCCAGGAGCGAGGCGAGUUGAUUGAUAAGAAGAAGGCGCUCCAGGCUGCUUCUAAAUAG